AUGACUGAUGAAAUUGAGAUGAAGCAGUGGAUCGACUGGCUCCUCUUUGAUAUCGCGGGCGAUAUGGCGUACGGUCGAAAGUUUGAGCAGGUCAAAAACCUCAAAUCAUCCACUUUCCUAUCCACGUUUGGGAAGGUCGGACUUUGGGGCACCCCCAACCAAGUCACUCGACGGUUUCGCAUGCUUCGACCCUUCAUUUGGAUGCUGAUUCCUCCGUCUGUGGUGCUCACUGUACCCACACUACUCCGUCUGAACAGACAAGAGAUUCGUCGUCGGAUGUCGCAGCGAGACGAAAUAAAACAUCCCGAUUACGUCGAGCAGCUGCUUCCCAAGGAUGGCAAGCCAGAUCCCACCGAGGACUGGAUCCUCGCCCAGGCCAAUGUAUUUAUCGUGGCUGGAUUUGACCCCAUGACGAACUUAAUCUCAUCUGCACUGUACUAUCUCUUGGCAAAUACAGAUAAAUAUUGCCAUGCUAUGAAAGAGAUCAGAGACGAAUUUGCCGAGUAUAAUGAUAUCACUGGUGAGCGCCUUCAGACAAUGAAGUAUCUUCAAGCAGUCAUCGACGAGUCGUUGCGCCUUCACACCAACGCAGCAUUUGGACUCCCCCGUCUGAGUCCCGGAUACGAAGUUGAUGGCAACUACAUCCCUCCUGGGGUGAUAGUCCAAACAUGUUUCUUUGCGACCACGCAUUCCGAACGUUACUUCAAUGAUGCCCGCUCCUUCUGCCCCGAGCGAUGGCUGCCAUCUUGUCAUCCGCUCUACAAUCCGAGAUAUGAGUCCGAUGACCGACAGGCAUUUACUCCCUUCUCACAGGGACCUCGGGGAUGCCCCGGAUUGAACGCUGGGUACCUCCAGGGCCGAAUUAUCUUAGCUAAGCUGUUGUGGUCCUUCGACAUGGAACUGGCCAAUAAAGAUGCGAUUGAUUGGGAGAAGGAUAUCAAGAUGUUUGCGAUCUGGAUUCGGCCAGAUCUUUUUGUCCGGGUCCGUCCUGCGAAUGGGAAGGCGUAG